AUGCCGUCCAGUGACUCCCCCACUAAGUCUUUGACCGGCAAGGUAGCAUUAGUGACAGGAGCCGGUCGUGGAAUUGGUCAUGGCAUUGCACUCGAACUUGGAAAAAGAGGAGCAUCAAUCAUCGUCAACUAUGCAAACAGUAAAGAAGGAUCCGAAAAACUCGUCGAAGAAAUCAAGAGCUUCGGAAGCGAAGCCAUCGCAAUCCAAGCGGACAUCAGCAAAACCUCGGAGGUCAAACGUCUCUUCAAAGAAUCCAUCGCCCAUUACGGCCGGCUUGAUGUCGUAUGCUCGAAUGCUGGAAAGGAAGUCUUCUGCCCUGAACAAGAAGUUACAGAAGAACUCUACGACGAAAUCUUCGCCUUGAAUACUCGUGCACAGUUUUUCGUUGCACAACAAGCAUUCAUUCAUCUAAAUGAUGGCGGUCGCAUUAUUCUCAUGUCAUCAGUUGCUGCGACCAUGUCUGGCGUCCCAAACCACGCAUUGUAUGCGGGAAGCAAAGCCGCAGUUGAAGGUUUUACUCGCUCAUUCUCCAAAGACUGCGGCUCUAGAAGAAUCACUGUGAAUGCUAUAGCUCCUGGUGGUGUUAAGAGCGACAUGUUUCAACAGAAUGCCUGGCACUACUCUCCCGGGGGAGCUCCCGGAAUGGACAUCCAAAAGAUUGAAGAUGGACUUGCUUCUCUUUGCCCUCUUGGACGGGUCGCAAUUCCGCAAGACAUCGGUCGUGUCGUUGCCUUUCUGGCCCAUUCCGACAGUGAGUGGGUUAAUGGUCAAGUCAUUCUCCUCAGCGGUGGAUCCAACACUUGA